UGGCAAUACAAAGCUUUCAAACCGUUAGAAAAAAUUUAAAGUUCUUCAGUUCGCAUACUAUCUAUCUGCAAGAAAUAUACACACAGUACAAACAUGAAGGAAGGUGCUGCUGUCGAGCUGGGAGAUAGCUCCAAGGCUGCCUCCCGGGGGAACAACCGUGGGAUAUCGAUCCUCGACUUCAUCCUGAGGAUCAUUGCAUUCGUGUGCACCCUCGGGAGCGCCAUUGCCAUGGGGACAACCAAUGAGACGCUUCCCUUCUUUACUCAGUUCAUCAGGUUCAGGGCCGAGUAUGACGAUCUCCCCACGCUCAUAUUUUUUGUGAUUGCCAAUGCCGUCGUGAGCGGCUACCUUAUCCUCUCCCUUCCCAUCUCCAUAUUCCACAUUAUGAGGAGUCGUGCGCAGAACAGCAGAAUCAUUCUAAUCAUCUUAGACACGUCCAUGCUGGCGCUGCUGACUGCUGGAGCCUCGGCAUCGGCUGCGAUCGUGUACCUGGCUCACAAAGGAAACACGAGGACGAACUGGUUCUCUAUAUGCCAGCAGUUCAACUCCUUCUGUGAGCGCAUCUCCGGCUCCCUCAUUGGAUCAUUUGGAGGCGUCGCCCUCUUCAUCCUGCUCAUCCUGCUUUCCGCUGUGGCCCUAUCUCGACAACGCUGAGUCUAGCCCACAGUUGCAACAACCCCACGUGUACACGGGUAUAUGCAUGCCUGUCUAUGUGCUCGAUAUGUGAUAAUUCCAUGAGUGGUAAUUGUGUUUCCUACGGUCUCUAUGUUCUUAACGGAUUCGUACCUUUAAUCUGUACUGGAGUGUUAAAGGUUUCCUGUAUUGCAUGUUAAUGGCGGAUUGCAUGGAAAUCUCCGUACAAAUUUCUGUCACUAUACGGCUCA